AUGGCCGAUUUGCCCGAAAAGGAACUUCAAGACGCUAGAGAGCUCUUUGCUCUUUUUGCCACUGGUGAGGAUGAAAAAAUCGAGGCCCGGUACAUCGGUGAUCUCGUUCGCGCCCUAGGGCUAAUUCCAACCGAAGCCCAAAUCGCAAAAUACGGCUUUAAAGAUAAGCCUAGCGAACGCAUCACCUUCGAGACCUUUUUGCCGAUAUAUCAAGGCUUAAUGAAGGAGAAAAAGCCAAACAAUCCGGAAGAAUUCAUUGAAGGCUUCAGAGUAUUUGACAAAGAAGCAAAUGGCUACAUUAGUGCCGCCGAACUACGGCACCUGCUUACACAGCUGGGUGAACGACUUCGCAAAGAUGAGGUCGAUAUAUUGCUCUCUGGCAUGGAGGAUGGUCAAGGGCAGGUCCCCUACGAAGCAUUCGUCAAGCGUAUUAUGAGUUGA